UCAAUUUAUUUGACAAUGACAGCCAAAACAUCGUACAGCUGUGCGCAUACGUGUUUAUUUUGAAAAGUAAUUCAAUUAGUUUUUCUUUAUUUAACCCAUCUAUAUAGUUAUUGACCUAUCCAAAUCAUUAGGGCUUAAAUGAUUUAACAUCUUUUACUUCUUCACAACACGUAGCACUCAGAUUAUCUGGAAAAAAGUGAUCGUAAACUCAGUUUUUCAACUACGGUAAAAAUCAAGUGUUAUCAUAGCUGAUUUGAUUUGCGGAUGGAGGCUAAACUAAGAGAAUACCGGGCACUUCGACGCCGUAAGGAACUCAUUGACAACGCUAAGGAAAAGUUCGAAAAGUCCAAAGAGAAGCUCGUUAACUUUUUAAUUCCAAAAGUGAUACAGGACAUGGGUAGAGAACGUGAUGAGGAAGCUUUGCUGAUUGAAAAUGAAGAACCACCACCAACUGAUGCUCCACCAGUCGAAGAAAUAACUGAUGUGGUCUCAGAAACAAGUGAAGUAGAAUCUUUUGAAGAAGAGGAAGAAUCGUGGAGAAACUGUCUUAUCCGAUGGUCUGUGUAUGGAAUAAUAUGGCUUGUAUUUUGGGCCAUAUUCAUCAAACUACAGUUUGGUGCUGUGUACUUUGUUAUAUCAAUUUUAAUAGGUAUAUGUUUGAACACUCGCACAAGACCUAGACAGAAGGGGGAGGUUUCAGCUUAUAGUGUAUUUAAUCAAAAUUGUGUAAGCAUUGAUGGGACUUUGAAACCGGAACAAUUCGAAAGAGAAAUAAGGUAUGGUGCAGGCACUGUAAGAAGUUUUUAGUAUCUAAAUGUUAAUUCAUAUUUAAUAGUUACUUAACAAAACCAAUUAUUUUAUUGGAUCUCAAAAGUAAAUGUGUUGAAGUCAUUCAAUGCAUAUGUUGAUAACAACAGUUAAAAAGCCUAUAUGUAUGGUAGGAUAUCUGUUAUAGAUAAUAAGAUUGAAUGGAACUGACUGUCAUUUUUACAUCUUCCAAACAUAUUCUUUGAUCCUUACAUCCUGCAUGAUCUAAUCAUUCUAACUUUUUUGAAAUGAACUGUAUCUGAGAAACUAUGAAAAAAGAACCAUUUUCUGCCUAUUUAAUACUGUGCCUAGCCUGUGAUUGACUGUAUUUAGUGUAAUAUAUUUAUUACUUAAAUGAUUAUUGUUAAGUGCUUGUGGAUAUGUAUGAAGGAAAUAUUUUAAUACAAUUGUUUUAAUAAAGCAACAUGUAUUUUA